UCCACUGGCGCUACUGCUUCCACCUCAGUGUCUCCAGCUGCUGCUGCACAGCCCGAUUUCACACGUUGACCUGGCUAUUUUUCUAUUUUUUGCAUGAUUUUUUAUUCCUUCUUCUCGGACCAUGUCAGCGGGGGAAUGAGCCGCGUCUCGCCUCGGUGGUCUCGCGCAGGAGCAGGAGCGUGUGGGCAGCUUCCCCCUGGCGUCCUGCAGGACUGGGUUCCUCUGAUGGUGAUGCCAGCUGUGUGAAUCCGGUUACCUUUGCAGUGACUGCACUUGACAUUGAUCCGUUUAAGGAAGGCGCUGAUCGCGAAGACAUCCAUUCGUCAGGAUGAUGUGCGAGGUGAUGCCCACCAUCAGCGAGGACACGGCGCUGAGCCAGCGGGGGUCCCAGAGCAGCGCCUCGGACCCCGACUCGCACUUCGAGCAGCUGAUGGUGAACAUGCUGGACGAGCGGGACCGCCUGCUGGACACGCUGCGGGAGACCCAGGAGAGCCUGGUCCUGGCCCAGCAGCACGCCCAGGACGUGGUCUACGACCGGGACUCGCUGCAGCGCCAGCUCAGCUCCGCCCUCCCCCAGGAGUUUGCGGCGCUGACCAAGGAGCUCAAUGUCUGUCGAGAGCAGCUGCUGGAGAAGGACGAGGAGAUCUCGGAGCUCAAGGCCGAGAGGAACAACACCAGGCUGCUCCUGGAGCACCUGGAGUGCCUGGUGUCGCGGCAUGAGCGGUCCCUGCGGAUGACGGUGGUGAAGCGGCAGGCCCAGUCCCCCUCGGGCGUCUCCAGCGAGGUGGAGGUGCUCAAGGCGCUCAAGUCGCUGUUCGAGCACCACAAGGCACUGGACGAGAAGGUCCGAGAGCGACUGAGGGUGUCCCUGGAGAGAGUCUCGGCCUUGGAGGAGGAGUUAACGGCAGCCAAUCAGGAGAUCGUGGCCUUACGGGAGCAGAACGCCCACAUCCAGAGGAAGGUAGCAUCUGGGGACGGGGAUGACAUCCUGGAUGAAGCUCAGCUGAAGAAACAUGGAAAGCAUCGUCUGUCCAACGGCUCCCUGGACUCGGGCCAUGAGGCCAGCCAGGUGGCGGAGCUCCAGGAGCUGCUGGAGAAGCAGAACUACGAGCUGGCCCAGAUGAAGGAGCGCAUGUCCCUGCUGUCGUCGCGCGUCUCGGAGGUGGAGCUGGAGCUGGAGACGGCCCGCAAGGACCUCAUCAAGUCGGAGGAGAUGAACCACAAGUACCAGCGGGACAUCAAAGAGGCCUUGUGUCAGAAGGAGGACAUGGAGGAGCGCAUCGUGACCCUGGAGAAGCGUUACCUCAGCGCCCAGCGGGAGUCCACCUCGCUGCACGACAUCAGUGACAAGCUGGAGAACGAGCUGGCCAAUAAGGAGGCCUUCCUCAGACAGAUGGAGGAGAAGAACCGUCAGCUGCAGGAGCGCCUGGAGCUGGCGGAGCAGAAGCUGCAGCAGACCAUGAGGAAGGCCGAGACCCUCCCCGAGGUGGAGGCGGAGCUCGCCCAGAGGAUCGCCGCCCUCACCAAGGCGGAGGAGCGUCACGGGAGCAUCGAGGAGCGCAUGAGGCACCUGGAGGGGCAGCUGGAGGAGAAGAACCAGGAGCUGCUGAGGGCUCGGCAGCGUGAGAAGAUGAACGAGGAGCACAACAAGCGUCUGUCGGACACGGUGGACCGGCUGCUCACGGAGUCCAACGAGCGUCUCCAGCUCCACCUGAAGGAGAGGAUGGCUGCGCUGGAGGAGAAGAACCUGUUGAUCCAGGAUUCAGAAAGUUACAGGAAACAGUAUGAGGACUCGAUACAUGAAAAAACCCACCUGGCGGAGGAGAUCGAUAAGCUACGAGGGGAGCUGGAUCAGUUCAGGAUGCGGACCAGCUCCCUCACUGAACCCACCCUGUCCCGUUCUCACAUGGACACGUCAGGGGAACUCCGCUACUCGCUGGGCUCGCUGGCGGAGACCCAGUCGGACCACUACCGCUCGGCCAAGGUCAUCCGACGUCCCCGGAGAGGUCGCGUGGGCCUGAGGGAGUCCAAGGCUAAGUCCCUUGGCGAGCAGGAGUGGCGCUCCCAGCAGCUCGGGAUUGGCGGCCACCCGUUCGAGAGCGACACGGAGAUGUCGGACAUGGACGACGACGACCGCGAGACGCUGUUCAGCUCCAUGGACCUUCUGUCGCCGGGCGGACACUCUGACGCGCAGACGCUCGCCAUGAUGCUGCAGGAGCAGCUGGACGCCAUCAACAAGGAGAUACGGCUGAUCCAGGAGGAGAAGGAGUCGACGGAGCUGCGGGCGGAGGAGAUCGAGAACCGCGUGGCGAGCGUCAGCCUGGAGGGCCUCAACCUGGCCCGCAUGCACCACCACCACGGCGGGGCCUGCAUCACCUCCUCCGCCACCGCCUCCUCCCUGGCCUCCUCCUCCCCGCCCAGCGGCCACUCCACCCCCAAGCUGGACCCCCGCAGCCCCGCGCACGACAUGGAGCGCAUGGGGGUCAUGACCCUGCCCAGCGACCUGAGGAAGCACAGGAGAAAGAUAGCGGCGGUUGACGAGGACGGACAAGACAAGGCCACGAUCAAGUGUGAGACGUCCCCUCCCCCGACACCGCGCACCGUUCGCAUGACGCACACGCUGCCAGCGUCAUCGCACAACGACGCAAGGGGGAUGGCGUCCUCGCUGGAGGCCGAGGCCAGCGCCCUGAGCAGCGUGGCCAGCAGCCAGGACUCGCUGCACAACAAGCAGCCCAAGAAGAAGGGCAUCAAGUCGUCCAUCGGCCGGCUGUUCGGCAAGAAGGAGAAGGGGCGCCUGGGGCACAUGGCCCACCGACACGUCAUGGUUGAUCCGCACGCACCGGUGAACGACCCCGACAUGGUGGGCCAGGACAUGGGCAUGGGGAAGCUUGGCACUCAGGCUGAGAAAGACCGCAGACUGAAAAAGAAGCGAGGGCCUCUGGACGCACCGCUCAUUAAGUCCGUGGCUGCGUCCCACCUUAACCUGCGGCACGAGCUAUUGGAGGAGGCCAGGAGGAAAGGCUUACCAUUCGCCCAAUGGGACGGGCCGACAGUGGUCGCCUGGCUGGAGCUGUGGCUGGGCAUGCCCGCCUGGUACGUAGCGGCGUGCCGGGCCAACGUGAAGAGCGGCGCCAUCAUGUCUGCGCUGUCGGACACGGAGAUCCAGCGGGAGAUCGGCAUCAGCAACCCGCUGCACCGCCUCAAGCUCCGCCUCGCCAUCCAGGAGAUGGUGUCGCUCACCAGCCCCUCGGCCCCGCCCACCUCCAGGACCGCGUCGGGCAACGUGUGGGUCACCCACGAGGAGAUGGAGACCAUGGCCGCUCCCUCCAAGACGAAAUCUCAGUCUGAGGAAGGCAGCUGGGCACAGACGCUGGCCUACGGCGACAUGAACCACGAGUGGAUCGGCAACGAGUGGCUGCCCAGCCUGGGCCUGCCCCAGUACCGCUCUUACUUCAUGGAGUGCCUGGUGGACGCCCGCAUGCUGGACCACCUCACCAAGAAGGACCUCCGCGUGCACCUCAAGAUGGUGGACAGCUUCCACAGAACGAGUCUGCAGUACGGCAUCAUGGGACUGAAGAAGCUGAACUACGACAGGAAGGAGCUGGAGCGACGCAGAGAGCACAGCCAGCAGGAAACACGCGACGUGCUGGUGUGGAGCAACGAGCGCGUGAUGCGCUGGGUGCAGAGCAUCGGUCUCCGUGACUACGCCAACAUCCUGCUGGAGAGCGGCGUGCACGGCGCCCUGGUCGCCCUCGACGACAACUUCGACUACAGCAGCCUGGCGCUGCUGCUGCAGAUCCCCAACCAGAACACUCAGGCACGUCAGAUUCUGGAGCGCGAGUACAACAACCUGCUGGCCCUCGGCACGGAGCGGCGCCUGGACGAGUGCGACGACAAGGACUUCCGGGGCCCGUCGUGGCGGCGCCAGUUCCCGCCGCGGGACGUCCACGGGAUCAGCAUGAUGCCCGGCUCGGCGGAAACUCUCCCGGCGGGAUUCCGUCUCACCACCGGCUCGGGGCACUCGCGCCGCCUGCCCCCGGAGGUGCUCUAUGAAGGGCUGGGCGACAGUUCUGACGACAUGUAUUUGGACUGGUACCAAGUGGGGCCGUCCAUGGUGCAGCGUCUGGACAGCUCCACAGUAAGAACGUACUCGUGCUGAGGGGAAGGGCCCCUGGCCCCUGGUCUGACCACCAGCCUCUCCAGUUCUAACCUCCUGACCUCUGACCUCUGACCCGGGCCGUCCGGCCUGGUCUCGUCAAGCCAAACCGGGAACAAAACAAAAAAAUAAAUAAAGAACUCUCUGAUGACAUGCACUGCCAAGAAGCCCACCCCCUAACCGCCAACCACUGUCCUCCCAAACCCGUCGUCAUGGAAACCAAGACAGCGGCCCUGGAGGCUUAGCGUUGGACGGGGGGGGGGGGGGGGGGGCGGGGGGGUCGUCUCCACCCACCCAGCCCAUUCGUCCAUCCGUCCCCUCCCAUCCCAGAUGUUGGUGCUAUACCUUCCCCCCCCCCUCCCGCCACAUUUGUACCUUUUACAUGUACAGAUACUCGUGGAUGCAUAACGUUACGGUGUACUACUGACAGAUGUGUAGGGGUUGGACUGUAAAUGAACUAUAAAUAAUGCUGUUUUUAAAUGUAAGUAUAUAGAUAUAAAUAUAUUAUAUACAUAUACACAUCUAUGUUGAAGAAGAAGGAUAUUGGGUCAGAACCCCGUGGUUGGUAGGUUUUAAAACAUGCUGCUCUUUAAAACAGUCUUAACACGACCGUGGCACCCCCCCCCCCCCCCCCCCCCCCCCCCUUUCGCCACACUGAGUUUCACACUCAGCUGUCGUGCUGCUGAUGAAGAUGAGGAGGACGAUGAUACUGUGACAGGUCUGGAUGUCUUUCGCGCACCGCUCAGACCCAGAGAAAAACCGUGAAAGCCUGACCCCUGCUGGCCAAUGACAAAAUUCCAAGCCUCGUCAUAUUUUUUAUUUUACGGAUGUGGUAAAAAAAAAUAUAACAGCUACAAAGUGUGUUAAACAAGAGAUGCGCUGAUUAAAAAAAAUUAAAGUCUGGAAUUGACGUCACAAGUUGCCACGGAGAUCAUGAAAAAAUGGACGUUACUCAAAAUGGACAUCGCACAAACUUAAAUCUCAGAGGAAUUCCCAACAAGCAGGACUGUGUUCGUUAAAGGGAUGCGACGUCCUUUAAUGAAUUGGUAAACACACACACACACACACACAACGAAAAGACAGCGGUGUGAAUCCUCCGGAGAGGGCGACCGCUCAGACCCAUCGUGUGCGUAGCGUGUAUAUGAAACAUGUUGAACGUGAGGCGACCGAACCGCAAAACCACCCCUUGGGCUUGCUGUGACUUACGUCGGUGUUAAACUGUCGAAAGCUUUGUAUUUUUCUCGUUUUGGGGGUCAGGGUUGCCAGGGUGACCCCUACGACCUCUCCCCUCUCCAGUCUGUCUUUCGGUUCAUUUCGGACGGACUCCUUUUUCGAUCGGAACGGGUUUACGACAUCCGCGAUUUGCACGAACAACGACUCAUUUUGUUAAGUGUCAAAGGUUUUUCUGUUUUUUUUAUUUAUUACCUGUACUUUGGUCAAAACUAUGUGGUGAGCGAAAUACAUUUUCAUUGUCAAUAAACUACUGUCAGUUGA